UGUUAACAUUGCUCCUAUAUCAUCAUGUGCUCCUGUUAACAUUGCGAAAAAUUCAAGACUAAAAUGGAGCGUAAGGAAGGAGACAGAGAUAGUAUAUGUCUGCUCUUUUCUAGUGUGUGAAGCAAGCUGAAACGCAGAGGUUAUGUAUGUGGCUUGUGCAAGUAUGUAGUAUUUCCUCCCUCAUGCUGUUUGCUGCUUGCGUUUCAAAUCUGACAUCACUGGUUGUAAGAUUAGUCAAUCAAAAUGGCUAGCCAAGCUUCGUCUGCUGUUCGUCAAGUGAAACCAAUUUUAUCCAUUAGCAGACAAGACGCACGACGAAAAGUGCUUACGUUGUACAAAGCUUGGAUUCGUCAAGUGCCAAGCUCGUUGUUGUGUUAUGAUAUUCCUAAAAAUGAAGCAGAAUGUAAGCGGAAAAUACGUGAAGAAUUCAAACGUCAUUCUCAUAUAACUGAUCUAAGAAUUAUAGACCGACUUAUUAUAAGGGGUCAGAUGGAAUUGCAAGAAGUAGCUAACGUAUGGAAACCUAAAGGAGCAGUUAUGCAUUAUUGGAAGGAAACAUGGGAAAAGAAACCAACUGAUUUUAUGUCAAAAUUCUUUAGCGGUCAAGAUUAAUACUACUCUGCCUUGAUUAGUUCAUAAAAUGCAUAUUUAUGGCUGCAUUUUAGAAAUACACGAUUGUAAUAAAUUAUGUGUAAAUAUAAUAUAUAGUGUGUAAAUAUAAGGAUAUCUGGGCUGAUUUGGAAAAUAAAGGCAUGAGUAAACAAUA